GUGUUUCCAGAAUUGUGAGAGGAAGCGAGGAUCACGGUCACUGAUGAUGUUCUUGGGGAGGCCGUGAUGGCGAGCAACAUGGUCGAAGAAGAGUGUGGCGACGUCUUUGGCAUUGUGCGAGGUCGUGCAAGGGAUGAAGUGGGCACGUUUGGUCAAGCGGCAGACAAUGACGUAGAUGCAAUCAUGCCCGCGGUCGGUCUUGGGGAGGCCGCAAACGAAGUCCAUGGAGAUGGACUGCCACCGGAUGGAGGAGACGAAGGUGUUGUCAGUGCGGAUGGUGAAGUAUUGCCCGUCGAGGUACGGGCGCCAGACAGUGAGGGCGUGGAUCACGGCGAGGAGUUCCUUCUCGUUGGAGGGGUAAUUCAUCUCCGCGGGAAGGAGCUUCUUGCUUGCGAAGGCAAUAGGGUAUUCGCCAGGUGGAGCCUCGGGGUGAGUGUGCGAGUCCUUGAUGGAGGGGGUCUCGGCGGUGUCGCGGGGGAAAUGUUGGGACAGUACGGCUCCGAUGGCGAAGUCGGAGGCGUCAGUGGUGACAUAGAAAUGGCGAGUGGGGUCGGCGAUCUUGAGGACAGGGGCCGUGGUGAUGGUUUGCUUGAGCUCGUCCUUGCGGGUGAGUUCGUGGAGAGGGUAAGAGAUCUCGGAAAAGUUGCGAAUGAACGGGCGGUAAUAGUUGGCAAGGCCAAGGAAGGAACGGAGUUGGAGGGUCUUGGGUGGGGGGUACUCGACGAGGGCUGUGACCUUCGAGGGGUCCAUACGGAUGCCUUYAGCGGAGACAAUAUGGCCGAGGUAUUCGACGCUCGAAGYGGCAAACGUACAUUUGCUGAGCUUGGCGUAGAAUUUUUGCUCUCGGAGGAUCGCGAGGACUUGGCGGAGGUGCUGAAGGGAGGAGGUGGAGGGAACGGAACGGUGGUGGGGAUUGAAGGGUUGGUGGAUAUGGCGGGAGAGGUGGUAGGAGUAGAGGAGGUUGGCGGGGGGGUGUUGCUAGAGGCGGCUGUGGAGGUUGGAGUGGUUUGCACUGUGGGGGUUGGAGUGGUUUGCAUGGUGGUGACGACCGUGAUGGGGGGGGUGGUCCCUUCGAGCGUGGUGACGCGGUUGCAUAAAGAUGACACGUUGGCCUUUAUGUCGUCGAGAGAGGCGGUGACGGAGGUUUGGAAGGUGUUGAGUGCGUGGAGGAUGGCAGAGAGGUCAGGGGUGGCGGUGUUUGCUAGUGGUUGUUCGCCGGCGAGGUUGCGGGCGAUGCUAUCGACUGAGUCGGUGCGGAUGUCAGACAUGUUGAUGGAGGAUGCGGCCAUGUCGGGGGAAGAGGGGGUGGAGGACGUGGCCUGAACGAGGGUGGAAGAUGUAGCAGCAGCGGUGGCGGCGGCGGCAGCACGUUAGGAGUUAUUGGUUUGGCGUGGUGCCAUGUGGAGGGUGGGGGGGAAUUCCCUUUUUUAUUUAUUAAUAAAUUCAAAAAUAAAGAUAAUUCACAAGUUUUUGUUUUUUUGUUUUUUUCCCAAAAAUAAACGUUGAACAAAAAGUUAAUUAAUUU